AUGACCGGCUUGAUGGCGAUCGACCUCCCGACGCCCCUCAGUCUCCCUCGCAGUCGUCGACGGCGACGAUGGGUGGGCGUGAGCGUGCGGUGGGUUUCAACACGGAUGGCGCCCUCGGGCAUGUGUGGUGGUGGGUUGCAUGCAAAACGCCCUGGUACCAUCGGAAUCUGGAACUCGCAUGCCCCCAUCCGCGUAGUUAGGCAGUUCGAGGGAGGCUGGUGCGUAUGCAGGGCCAUCUGGAUCGAGCACAUUAAACCCCCCGCUCUUUUCGUCUCAUCCAUUGCGGCACCACGAUACGGAACCUGGCGGUGCAUCAGCCUGCAUGCGGACAACGACCCCCUGGCCGUUCCGGCACCAUCUACGGCAGGCACGGCCGCUGUCAACCCUACAGUUGAUGUGCCCGCCUUUAAUCCACGUGCCAGAGACGGCGAGGUCAUCGGGACAGACAUCGGUCGCUGCGCGUUCGGACCCCCGACGUAG